AUGAAUUAGCAUUACAUCUAAAAACAAAAAGAAUUUUAAGAUGCACAGAAACUAACACAGUAAGAAAUAUAUGAAUUACAAGAACGAUAAAAAUAUGAGGCAAUAUACUCUCCAAGAACCUCUCUAAAGCGAAAAAGAGAUGAAGAAGCAAAUUUACUUAGCGAGAUUCUACUUAAAUUAGAUCCGUUUACAUUGAGCAUUCUAAAGAAUGAUUUUGAAGCCGCAGGAGGAGAAUUAAAAGUAAACGAAUUUGUAAUAAUGAUGAGACAUCAUUUAUCAGAUUGGAGAUAAGAUUUAACAAAUAGAGAACAAAAGUUAAACAUUUGCUUGUCAAAUUUCUUUGAGCAAGUGGAUAUGAAUCUCAAUGGGCUAUUGGCAUGGGAUGAAUUAUCAAAUUUUGUGAUGGGAAAAUCAGUUUCAUUAAACAAUAAAAGGAAAGAUGUUGUUAAGUAGUAUACUAAAUAAGAUGUUGACAUAAAUUAUAAAGUAAAAUCAAGUAUCAUUAAAAAAGUGAUCUAUAUUAGUGAUAUUGAUAAAGUUGCUUUCUUUGAAGAAGGAUCUUGCAUCGUUCAAAUUUUAAAUCACAUUGACGGAACAAUAGUUCCAAAGCCUCUCAAAAUAGAGCCAGAUGAUUAUUUAAUUAAUUCUACCAGUAUUAAAAAAGACAAUUAAGAUUUUUAUUAUAUAGAUGAAAAAAUUAUUUAAAUUAAAAUGGUUACUCACAUAUUAGAUAUCAUAUAUAUUUCUGAUGUCAAGCAUAAAUGUUUGAUGGUUUCAACUACUGACAAAUUUGUACGUGCUUAUAAAAUUUUGAAUGGGGGAUUUGUGCCUUUAACAGAAAUAAGAAAUAAUACUUUUGUCAAGGAGUAAAUGCUUUUUAAACACGAAGUUAAUUGUAUGAGCUGGGAUGAUUCCAGAGAAAUUCUGUUUUGUGGAGAACUUGAUGGAAGUAUUGAGCUUUGGAAUCUAAAUAAACUCUACCUCGAUAAAGAAGAGUAAGGAGAGAAACUAAAAAAGAAAGGAGAUACUAAUAAUUUCUUUUAGUUUUAAAAGAAUAUAAUUCUUUAAGGAGGACAUAACGAUAUAAUAACAAGUUUAAUUUGUCUUCCUAAGCUCUAAUUUAUGGUUUCGGGAGGGUUAGAUUGCAAGAUAAAUCUAUGGGAUACAAUAGAAAAUAAAAUAAAAUUUACUUUUAAAGGACAUACAAGAGGAAUUACUUCAUUGGCAUUUGAUCCUGCUACCAUUUUACUGUUUUCAGCAGGUUUUGAUCACUGGAUAGGUGUAUGGAACCCUUACACCGAGCAUAUGGUUUAUAAAAUAUCUGAUUUUAGAAAUUCUCUUCAACAUAUUAUAGUUAUAGAAGGUUCAAAUCAACUGAUUUCUUUAGAUAUUAAAGGGAAUGUUAAAGUUAGAGACAUUCAAAAAUUUAAAGAAAGAUAAAAUUUUUCUAUUUAGCAAGAUGAGCAUGGAUUCAAUUUUAAUCCUGUAUAUUUUACUUGUAUAAAAUCUACAUCUUUGAAACUAAUUUUUUGUGGGUAAUCCAUUGCAGCUUAUAAUUAUGAUUAUGGAUUUAAUCCUAAUGUAUGUGAUGAUCUAAAACCUUUAUGUUGCAUAAUGAAUACUAGAUAAAUUAAAUUUUACACACCAGCAGGACCGAGACUGAAAGUUUGGUGUGGGCUAACAGGAGAAGUAGAUAAAAUAUUUUUAGAUAUGAGUUAAGAAUAUUCCGAAAUAACUGCAUUUUGUCUUGAUAGCUUCGAAAAAAGAAUGAUUAUUGGUGAUAAGAAGGGAUAUGUAAAUUCUUUUAAUUGUGAAAACGGAGCCAAAAUUAAGUCACAUCCCAAACACUCUGCCCCAGUAAUUUUUAUAAAAGAUUGCUUAGAGCUUGGAGUAGUAGUUACAGUUUCAAGUGAUAAUAUCAUAAAUAUUGUGAGCAACCAUUACGAUGAUGACAAAGACUCUCUUUUGAGGUCUAUCAAGCUCUUAGAUCAUUAUAUCACUUGUAUCGAUAUUUACAUUGAGUAUAAUUCAAUAGUCUUAGGGUUUUAUACUGGUUAAGUAGGAUUCUUUGACAUGAACUCUGGAAAAUUUCUAGGAUAGUAUUCAGAUAAGCUAUCUAAUCAUCAAGUCACAGAUAUUAUGUCUCUCCCAGAUAUGCCAUUUGUAGUAUCUUCAUGCUAAAAUGGUUAAAUUCAAUUUAUUUCUGGACCUCCUUUGUUUUACAAAUUCUAAGUUGUGGAAAGCUUUUAAAAUAUAGACUAAGAGUUGUUUAACAAAGACUCUGAACUGGAAGAUGUGGGAGUUUCUAAGAUAAAGUAUUGCAAAGAAAACUAAUAAUUGUUUGUAGCAGAUUUCAAGGGCUAUUUAAAAUGCUAUGAUAUAUCCAAAAUAAUUUCAAAUUUAAGUGAAAAUAUAGAGCAGCUCAAGCUAAAUUCUAAAUUGAAGGAAGAUAAGCAUACCUUCUAUAAGAGCAUGAGAGAAUAUUUCUAAUUUAAUGUGCAGACAGAGCCUACAGCAAUUUGGAAUACCAAGGCUACUUCAGAAUAAAUUACAUUCCUAGAAUACAACGAUGUAUACAAACUAUUGUUUGCUUGCAUUAGUGAUAAAAAUGUUAUGAUCUUUGACUCAGUAAAAGGAUAAUAUAUUGAUUCGUUAAGAUAAAACGAGGACAGCUUAAUUCAAAUCCCUAUCGGAUAUAGAAAAAAAAAUACAAUAGAACUAUACGAUCACAGCUUAAAGAUAAGAAUAGAUAGAACAAAAGAAGAAGAUGAAUAGAUUGAAAGACAAAAAAAAUUGGAUUACUUAACUUAAAUGAAAAAGAAAAUGAAAUAAUAAUAAAAACUAGAGUUAUAAAGUAACAUGAGCUAGCUUAAUUCUUCUUUUAAUUAAAGUUAUUAUGACUCAGAGUUAUAAAGUCCAAGAGAUGAUAAAAGUAUUCUUUCAAGUAGCAAGGGUAUGCAAAGUACUAGCGGAGGACCAAAUAAUAUAUUUUAAAUGCAAGGAUCAUAUGAAAAUAAAGACGAAUAAAAUGAUGCCGAAAUGUAAUUGGAUGAUCAAAAUAAGAAUAUAUUUUUAACAAACAAUGAUAGGAAAUCUAGAUAAUUUGAUUAAGUAAUAGAAGAAGCAGAUAGCUCUAGAUCUAUUCAAGAAGAAUAAGAGAAUGACAUAGAUUCAGAGAAUACAAAAGACCCUAAAAAUGAAGCUCAUAAUUUACUUGAUGAUAGAAAUGUUUAUUUGCAGUAUCCUGAAUGUGAAUUUAAUGCUUUUUAUUUUUGGAAGUUGGUUAAAAAAGAACCGUAUGCGUCUUAGAAAAGUAAACCGUAGUGGAAGUUAGAGUUGGAUAUUAAAGCUUAUUAUGAAAAAUAUUUGGAAGACAUGAAAAAAGUUGAAUAAAGUAUAAAUGAACUUGAGAAAAAAACAAAAAUUAUUUAAAUUUAAAAUUAAAAGUUUAAAAUUAUGAGAUUUGAGGUUGAUUUGAGUAAGUUUGAUCCUUAGCAUCACUUUCAACCAAAAGUUGCUGCUAAUUAAAAAGAAGAAGACUUAGAUGCUGAUGAAGAAUCUAUUGAUGCUAAAACAAUAGCAAUGAAUUAUUAAAAAAAGUUGAUUUAAAAUUAAGAAAAAAAAGAUUAAGAACAAAGAGUUAAGAUAAAUUAUAAUUAAAUUUGGGAAAACUUAUCAAAAAACAAAACAAAUAGCAGAUUUUAUGAUAGCAGACACUAUUUGCAGUUAGUAAAAAAUAAACCAAACUUAACAAAAGAACAGGAAGAUAAAAUAUUGGAAGUAUAUCAAGCUCUAAAAGGCAUAGAAUAAAUUGAUUAAGUUGAAGAAGAUAAAAAGGAUAAAAAAAGCAAAACAACAAUUAAAGAAAAUACCAAAAAAGCUGAAAUUUUAAAUAACACAUAAUAAACAAGAGACAGCAUUAAGUCCUUAAAAUAAUAAAAAGAAAUUAAAAAAGGCCAACUUGAUCAGUAAAUUUUACAAGGAAAAAGAGGUCUUCUGAAAUUAAAAAAAGAAUAAAGUGAACCUUAGGUUAAUCCUGAAUCCAAAACAAAAACUGAUUAAGAAAUCGAUUCUUAAAAACGUAACUCAACUAUAAAUUCUAGCAGAAAGAGUUAAAGGCUUUCAAAGUUAGCUAUUGAAAACUAAUAAGAUUUAAUAGAUGAAUUCCCAAAUAAAUAAGAUAUGAAGGACGACUUAAAUUCUACCAUAUCACAGCAUGAUGAAAAUAAAAAUGAAUAAGAAUAAGCCUUAUUAUUUAUGAAUAGUAAAAAUGAAAAAAUAUAAAAUUAUCUUAAGCUAUUAGAAGAGUAAAAGUAAUAGAAUUUGCUAUUAUUUGGUUCUGAAAACCCAACAAAAAUUCUAAAAAGCUAGUAAACUAAAUAGGAAAUUUAAGUUAAUCACACUCACUAGCACUCAGUCACUUAAAUGAUUGCAUAAGCAUUCAAUCAAGAUAAUUCAAAGGAACUUGAUCUAGAUUAAAUGGUCAAAAGAAUUACUGAAAAAUUCAAUAAAUGA